AUGGAUAGUGAUAUAUUUACAAAUAACUCAAUGGUCAUAGACAUGGUAUUUGAAUAUAAUAAAUGGAAAGGGUUCAAGUUAGAUAAAAGCAGGUUUAGCAGGAGAUGAUAAACCAAAAGUGAUAUUCAAUUCAUAGUAAAAAAAAUAGAGAAUAAUUAAGUAUUGGGAGGCCAAAAUAUAAGGCAUUACCUAUUGCAACUAAUAGUUAAGAAAUAUAUGUAGGAAAUUAAAUAACAGAUUAUAGUAGAGGAAUGAUGAAAAUAAAAUAUCCAUAUCAAAAAGGAGUCAUAAAAGAUAUGAAUGAUAUGGAUUAAUUAUGGAAAUACACAUUCUAAGAAUUGCAUGGUAAUCCAAAAGAAGUAUUUGAGAAUUGAUUUUAAAUAGUAUCCAAUAUUAUUGACUGAACCACCUUAUGCAAGUCAAACUUAGAAGGUAGAAAUUGCUAAACAAUUCUUUGAAACUUACAAUUGUCCUGCUUUAUUUUUUGCAGUAUCUGGAGUUAUUAGUUUAUUUGCAAGUGGAAAAACAACAGGAGUAGUUUUGGAUAUAGGAGAUACCAUAUCUUAGAGUAUUCCAAUAUAUGAUGGAUUUUACAUAUAGCAUUGUGCAUAAAGAGUGGAUUUAGCAGGGAGAGAUAUAACUGAGAAUUUGAAUAAUUUAUUGAGAAGAACUGGAUAUAUAUUUACAACAUCAGUAUAUUAGAAAUUGAUAUUGUUAGGCAGAAUUCGAAAUUAUCAAGAAGAUAAAAGAAAAACGUUGUUUUUUAAGUCCGGCUAUGAUUGGAGAAGAUAAGUUUUAAGAGGAGAGAAAGAUAAAAGAUUAAUAUAUGUUACCAGAUAAUAGUAUGAUAGAAAUGAGUUUUGAGAAAUAAAGAGCUCCAGAAAUUUUGAUGUGUCCUGAAAAAUAUGGUUUAGAAUUAAAUUGUAAUAAACUACUUAAUUAUAGCUAUUCCUGAAAUUCUUGCAUAUUCUAUUUAGAAAGUUGAUUUAGAUUUACGUAAACCUUUAUAUAGCGAGAUUGUUUUGACAGGAGGUACUUCAUUGAUGUAAGGUUUUCCAGAGAGAUUAAUUGGAGAAGUUAAAAGAUUAGUUUCAAAAGAUGUCAAAGUAUAUUUCUUCAAUAUUAGAGGUCAAAAUUUGGGCUCCACCUGAAAGAGUAACUCAAAGUUGGUAAGGAGGCUCUAUAUUAUCUCAUUUAGCUUCAUUUAGAAGUAUGUGGAUAUUAAAAAAGGAAUUUGAGGAGGAAGGAGAAAGAAUAUUAAUAAAAAAGUAAUUAUGA